AGAAUACAUGACAGUACAGUGCUGCCGGAGGGCUUGUAACACUGAGAACGACUCUGAGUGUUGCGUAGAAGGCAAGUAUUACGGCAUCUACAAGUGCUUACUGCGUGUGUCUGGCAGGACCAAGGCGGUCUUGACAAUCAACAGUUUUGAGAAAGGCGGUGAUGGUGGUGCAGAGUCGGAGUGUGACAAUAACUACCACUCGGAUGACACCCCGGUGGUGGCCUUGUCCACUGGUUGGUUUAAUAAGAAGAAUAGGUGCCUGAACAACAUUACCAUCUAUGCCAUGGCCGGAGUGUAG